GGUCUGGCAGCGCCCGCGGCUCCACCUCCCGCGCAAGGCUGUCCAGCUGGCUGCCUGACCCAGCUACGUCCCUAGCUGCGGCGAUCCCGCGACCGGCAGACGCACGCGGACACCGCCGGCCCGUCGGGACGCGCUGGAUAACGAAGCUUCUGCGGCGUUGCGGGCGGGCAGCGCGGCCGGGCCGGGGUCCUUGCGGGUCCUCGGCGGGCCCGGGGGAGGGCCCUCUUUGUGGCUGCAGUUGGCAAGAUGGCGCCGGUGGGGGUGGAGAAGAAGCUGCUGCUGGGUCCCAACGGGCCCGCAGUGGCGGCCGCCGGCGACCUGACCAGUGAAGAGGAGGAAGGCCAAAGUCUAUGGUCUUCGAUCUUGAGCGAAGUAUCCACCCGUGCCAGGUCCAAGCUGCCGUCCGGCAAGAACAUUCUGGUGUUCGGUGAAGAUGGUUCUGGUAAAACAACUCUCAUGACCAAACUCCAAGGAGCAGAGCAUGGCAAAAAAGGAAGAGGCUUAGAGUAUCUUUACCUCAGUGUUCAUGAUGAGGACCGCGACGAUCACACGCGCUGCAAUGUAUGGAUUUUAGAUGGAGACCUCUACCACAAAGGCCUGCUGAAAUUUGCAGUUUCAGCGGAGUCUCUGCGGGAGACCCUGGUCAUUUUUGUUGCAGACAUGUCUCGACCCUGGACUAUAAUGGAGUCUCUACAGAAGUGGGCUAGUGUUUUACGGGAGCACAUUGACAAGAUGAAGAUUCCACCAGAGGAAAUGAGGGAUCUGGAACGGAAAUUUAUGAAAGAUUUUCAAGAUUACAUCGAGCCUGAAGAAGGUUGUCAAGGUUCCCCACAGAGAAGAGGGCCUCUGACCUCAGGCUCAGAUGAAGACAGUGUUGCCCUCCCUCUGGGUGACAAUGUGCUGACUCAUAACCUAGGGAUCCCAGUGUUGGUGGUGUGCACAAAGUGUGAUGCAGUGAGCAUCUUGGAGAAGGAGCAUGAUUACAGGGACGAGCACCUGGACUUCAUCCAGGCACACCUGCGGAGAUUCUGCCUCCAGUAUGGCGCUGCCUUGAUUUACACCUCAGUGAAGGAAGAGAAAAACCUUGACUUGCUGUAUAAGUACAUUGUUCAUAAAACAUAUGGUUUCCACUUUACCAUACCCGCCUUAGUUGUGGAAAAGGAUGCAGUUUUUAUACCUGCAGGCUGGGACAAUGAAAAGAAAAUUGCUAUUUUACAUGAAAAUUUUACAACCGUGAAGCCAGAAGAUGCAUAUGAAGAUUUUAUAAUAAAGCCUCCUGUGAGAAAGCUGGUCCAUGAGAAAGAGUUGGCAGCUGAGGAUGAGCAGGUGUUCCUAAUGAAACAACAGUCACUCCUUGCCAAGCAGCCUGCCACGCCCACAAGAACCUCCGAAUCCCCAGCCAGAGGACCCUCUGGCUCUCCAAGGACGCAGGGUCGGGGUGGACCAGCUAGUGUACCAAGUGCCUCCCCAGGAACAUCAGUAAAGAAGCCAGAUCCAAACAUCAAAAAUAAUGCAGCAAGUGAAGGGGUAUUGGCCAGCUUCUUCAAUAGUCUGUUGAGUAAAAAAACAGGCUCUCCUGGAAGUCCCAGUGCUGGUGGAGUGCAGAGCUCAGCCAAGAAGUCAGGACAAAAGACUGUGUUGUCAAAUGUUCAGGAAGAACUGGAUAGAAUGACUCGAAAGCCAGACUCCAUGGUAACAAACGCUUCAACAGAAAAUGAAGCCUGACCCUCCUUUGAAAGUGCAUCUGUCAAAUGACCAAAUAACUAUGUAUAUUCAUCUGAUAAGACCAGGAUUUUUCUGAUACGGCACAUGCUAUCAGUUUUUGGGGGUAGGGGAGAUGAACUUUAAAAAAAAAAAAACAUAUACUUCAUUGGCUUGUCCAAGUGUGAAAUGCACAUUUAGGAAGGUUACAUGUCAGGCCCCUUGUUAGGGAUGUUCCUUGGACUCUUGGGCUGCGAGUCUCUUAUGGGAAGCAAGCACAGCUGGGCUUGUAGAGUGGAGAAAGGAGGCCCACUUUCUACCAGAGUGGAGACUAGGAAGUCAUUGUUCAGGUGGAUGGUUAGUUUGACCAGUUGCGUGUUAGCAAAUUCACUUGUUCUUGGAAAGCAGGUUAAGUAGCCGAAAGUCCAGGAAAGAAAGGUUCAGGAGGGACGAGAGAAGUGCUGGUGGGGAAGCCGAACGUUGAGGGAAGUGGAGGAAGGAAACGAGCGAGCGGCAUUAGUAAGUACAUGCUCGGUAGAAACCAAACAGCAUCAGUUAAGACCUAACAAUUAGAAACAUUUCCAAACUAAACACUAAACAGAAUGGGCACUGGAUUUGUGGUAAUGCAUCUUUAAGUUAUGGGAAAUGUGUUUUAUGGACGGUGCUGAGUAAGGUGAGCUGACUCAGGGCUGGUGAGGACAUCAGCUGCCCAGGACCCACAUGCUUGGCCCAGGCCAUGCCCCUUGUCUUUGGAGAGAUGCUGGGCUCUACACACAUGUAACCUGGGGCAGGCAGUCGCUGUGCGUUAUGUUCAAAGUCAGCAGAUACAAAAUUAGAUGUCUUAAAUAGUUCCUAUUUUGUUUAAUUAUUAUUUUUAACUACUACAGGCUGGCCAACUAAUAGAAAAUGGGUGAUCGAUUAUUGGCAAUGUUCUAUAGGAAGUUUGAGGGAAGUAUUUAAUGUCAUUGUAUUUUGCUUAUUUGGCUUGUGCCAGGUCCUGCCUUGGAGCCUGUGGUGAGCUUUCCUGUGACAGGAAGGUCCUUUCUGUAGCUCCCUGGUCGGUGAUUGCUAUCAGACCGACAAGUGGGUGCUCUACUGGAGAAUGGAAGUGGUAGGCUUGCGCUUUUCAUAAAAUGUAGCACUUCUCUUACGGAAGUGCAGGUUUUAUGUGUCUUCCAUUAGGGGCAUGUUCAUGAACACUGUCAUGUCACACCACCGUGCUGAAGAGAACUUCUGUGGAUUUGAAAUAGCACUUUGAGUUUCUGUGUGACACUGCACAUGUAAAUGCAAACACUACCAUGACUUUAAUGUAUAAAAUACUUGUUAUCCGAACCAAGGGGAAAACCACAGUUCACUUCCGUGGAGUUUACUUUUUUUAUAUGAAUGUUUGUUAUUGUGUCUCAGCGUAAUGUUCCUAAUGUCAUUACAUACAUGCCGGAUUUGACUAACCACUAAUGUAGUUCUGGGCAUAAGUUAACAUCUAGUUACAUGACGAGACUCCUUAACUGUCGAGUUGCUUCUUAAAGGUCUGAAAACUGUUAAGGAGAAAACUGAGUGCUUAAUUGCCUCUCUAACAACAAAAAGAUGUUUCUUGUGCCAGUUUUACUAUUGAAAUAUAUUUUUUCCUUUUUUAAUUCAGUUUUUUUGUUGUUGUUAUUUUGGGGUUUUGUUUUGUUUUGUUUUCUAAUUUUUUAAACAUGCAUUGUGGCUUCAAAUGACCAGGUUGUCCAGGCAAUGACAGUAAGCUGGCUGGAGUGGAAACCAUGAUGGAGGGUCACCUGAUCCCUGUAGCAGCCAGGGCAAAAUGAGUGACCUCAGAAACUAGGAAUUCUUGCAAAGACACGUACCUAAUAGUGUGGUUUUUAAAUUUUGAUACAAAACUUGAAGUGCAUCACUUGAACGGCUAGGCACUUCUUGUGUUGAUGUCAGAUGUGCUGUAAGCAGCCAAGGAAGUGCCGAGGCCCGGCGGUGGGAGGUUUGGAGACCACUGGUACUCCUGUGACACUUGGAUGCUCCUAGUUUCAGAAGAAACUGAUGCAUGUUAGCGUGUGCUCAGUAGUUGCCAAAGUCGUCCAGCUUUGGGGAGCUUUAGGGUUCUUUGGGAAUUUGAGGAGAUGAAGUAAUUUUUAUUAUUUUAGGAGUCUCAAGCAUUAGAACCAAAGGCCAGAUAAUACACAGCCUUUACUUUUUAAAGUAAAAUUAAAUUUAUUUGCAAGAAUACACUUGUAUGGUAGACUAUAAAAGACAAUUUUAUGACUAUUUAUACACAUUAUAAUGAUUACCUCUGUUUGUUUUUAAAUAGAUAAUUUUAAGUAAGCCCAACCUAAAAAUUAUAGCUUAGAUGAGGGCUGUGAAUUGGUCUUUCCUAAAAAUCCAACAGAUAUGCUGCUAGAUUAUUUUAUUUGCACUUUAAAAAAAAAAAUAACAGGGAGGGUUUCUUUGUAUUGCCCUGGCUGACCUGGAACUCACUCUGUAGACCAGGCUGGCCUCCAGAGAUCCACCUGCCUCUGCCUCCCAAGUGCUGGGAUUGGCGUGUGCUACUGUGCCCGGUUGCACCUUUUUUUCUGUUUUACUUUUUUUUUUUUAAUUGGCAGUAUUUAAACUGAAGAGACUGUUUUCUUGAUGAAGGUGAAAGUGACUGCUCUGUACAUCAUGACCUUAACAAUGUUGAUGCUGUAAGUGAAAGUUCACUGUUGUCUCUCUGCUGAGUUCAUUGGUGUUUUUAACUUCAAACUAGGACUGCAGACAUCUCCCACCAGCCUUAGUCCAGGGUGUGGCUCUGUCUGGGUGCAGUAUGCAGUCAUGUGGAGCCUUGCUUUCUAGUGCUAGGGGAAGAGAUGUCUAAUGACUGGCUUCAAUAAACGAGAAUCCAGACUG